CUCUUCUCCCCUGAGCCUCCGACACCUUCCAUGAAAAUGCUGCAGCAGAAAUCUCGGCUGGAGCGCCAGAUCGUCGGCUCAACCAACCGGUGGCGCUUCUCCAAAGAGCCCUUCACGGGGGAUCUGCUCGCACUAUCCCAGCUGUGCAAGGCUCGGAGCGUAGACUUUAACGAGGUGCUGAAGAACCCCGACAGGGCAUGCGUUUCACAGAUUCAGAAACUCCUCACGGAAAAGCUCAAGAAAACGACCAUCCAGAGUACAGAGGCAGAUGUGACCCUCGAGUGCCUGGGCUUCAAGUGGGAGCUCCACCAGCCCCAACUCUUUCAGUCUGAGACUCUGACCAGGCUGUACCUCGUGGCCCUGUCAAGAGGCUCCGUGAGCCCGCUGAGGGAACUGGAGAAGGUUCUGAAAGCCUUCACCACGGCCCUGAAGAGCCUUUACAAGAACGACGCGGAGAUGAACGUGGGCGAAGUGCUCGGGGUGCUGGCUUCCGCGCACACCCUCCAGUUCAAGGCCCUCUUUCAAAGGUGUGUCACCUUCAUGAUCGGCGAACUCAGCCCCAGCACCAUCAAGAGCUUCUACCUGGUCAGCUGCAAGUACCAGGAAGGGCAGCUGACCAAGGCUUGUGAGCAGUGGCUGCAGAUGAACCUGGUCCCUCUGAUGGGCAAGAGGAUCCAGCUCCGCACCAUCCCCAGGGAACUGCUGCACAAAGUGAUCAUGUCACCCAGUUUGUUCACCUUUAGUGAGUUUGACCUUCUGAAGACAAUGCUGUCCUGGGUCUAUCUGCAACAGAACCACAAAGUUCAGACGUUUCCCAUCUAUGAGACAGUGCUGGCUUAUUUUAGCAGCUUUCCUCGGAACUGCGCCUUUUUGGAGCGGGACCUGGGACAGGGCUUACUGCCGCUCUUCGUGUGUCUGCGUCUUCACAACAUCAACAGAGGCCCAGAUCUGGAGGCAGUCCGCCAUGUCAACUUCUUCCCGGAAGGCUGGCUGAUCCGCAUCGCAGCCAGCCAUUUCCGCGCGCUUGAGAACGGGGGAGACAUGUCCCAGGUGGUCGACCUCAACACUCAGGCGCUGCGGUUCGGGUUGCUGUUUACCCAGGAGUAUACGACUCACUCAAAAAUGGUCAGCGUGUACGGGUUCUUCUUUGAGUUAAAGGGAGUCAAGCAUGACGGGUCCUCGUACAGUUUUUAUAUGCAGAGAGUAAGGCACACGGAUGUGCACUCCCCCCCUUGGCUCUUUGAGAACAGCCCGGUGAGCCUGCGGGCAGAGCGCUUGGUGAAGUACCAGAUUGGAGCCCGGGUCCUGGUUAAUGACAGGUGGCAGGAGUUCAGCACCAACCAGAUCACCCAGAAGUUCGGGUUCAGCAAGCCGUCUUGCAAAAGUCACGUCUUGAAAUUCCAGACCAUGGGCAUCCCCGUCUACACCACGUUUGCCUUCAUUUUCCCGCUGUCGUGAGAUUGUCCAGAGCAGCGGGGGCUGAAGGGCG